GUGGUGUGUCCCCCGCAGCUUGUUUAACCGGCCGUCCUGUAUUCCAGGAGGCCGGCAUCUUCAGUGUGGGAACCUGGCUGUGAUAGCUUGUGGUUUCACAACCAGGUACCCACUGCACAUGCGCGAGAAGCACUGCGCUUCAUGAAUGGUCAUGUAGUCUUCUGGGACCUGUCACAUGUCCCAAAAGACUACAGGGAGGGAAGGAGGGAGGACACCUUCCGUUUCCGAUCACCUAGGCCAGUGGGAGCAGGUACCUGUCAAAUUCGGAUACCAAAUCCCCAAAGGUACCAAUCCUUAAUGGGGAGCGGGGGAGCAGUUCUUAAAGCGGAACUUCCCCUUUUGGGUGGAGCUCCGCUUUAAUCUGUCCAAUCAAAGAUUU